AUGACAGUAUGCGACGGGGGCGGGGGUGGGAUGGGGUGAGGGUGGUUAUCACCAAAUACCGUAAAAUGCAAACAGCCGGUGAGUCCAGGUAAAAAACAUAUAAGCGUACUAUGCUCUCCUCUUUUCUGUAGGUUUGAAAUUUUUCAAAAAGUUGGGGAUAAAAACCAGGGUAUGCAGAAAGACAGAGGCAGUUAACUGAGGAAGCAGUCAGCUCACCCCCCCCACACACACCUUCCAACUUCUAUUAGCCUCCAAGCCACUUCUGGGGCCCCCACACUGGGCGGUGAGCUCCAAAGGACACCUAUGCCUUUUUCAUCCUUGUUCGUCCACCCUCCUGGCAUGUGUCCAGAACAUGUUCCAUAAGUGUGCACAGGCCGGCACCCUCCCUCUGGGAUGUGCUCCCAGGAAGCCAGGGCAGAAUCAGCUCUGGGAACAAACAGAUCAGAAUGGUGCUGCCAGGCAGGACAUUGUGAGGCCUUCAUGUUGCUGGAAGUACCAGACACCUGGAGGUGCGUCAACAGGGGCCACACCGGGGCGUGUCUCCCGCAGUCCCCUUCUGGCCUCACCUGCCCUCUUGGCAGGGAAGGACAAAACCGGCAGGGCUGUAUUUGCUGUGCCCCACUCCCCAGCCAUUGGCUCUGGAGGGUCAAUAAAACCCCAAGAGUCUAGAGGAGAAAAGCGGGGCGGACCCUCAUGGUCCUCCCCAGCGUGGGACAGGGGCUCUGUUCCCACCCGUGCCCCCUUAUACCCUGGGAGGAGAGAGGGAAGCAUCUGCAGGCCUGCCCAAGGAUUGAGUCUGGAAUCCAACUCCAGCCCCUCCCGCACAGUCCCACUGCUCUGCAGCCCAGCUUGCGGAGCGGAUGGCUGGGGCCCUGGAGGGCCCCGUGUCAGGCAAGGCCUGUGCCCUCCUAGCUGGAAAAGCCACUGCAUCUGUCAGGAGGGCACGCCAGCCAGCAAUGACACACACAUGCACAGCCUCCGUUCCCACCAAAGCACAGAGCGUUUCCUGUGCCUUUUCCGUUAUUUCACAACCUGCGCCUUUUUACUCACCCUCUGGGCUCCAGGAUACAGAACUUUUUCUCCUCCCAGAAGCCAGACAUCUGGCUCUGGCCUCUCCUCGUCAACACCAUGGCCAAGACCCCUAGUGACCACCUGUUGUACUCCCUGGAGGAAUUGGUGCCCUACGACUUUGAGAAGUUCAAGUUCAAGCUACAGAACACCAGCCUGGAGAAGGAGCACUCCCGGAUCCCCCGGGGCCAGAUCCAGACGGCCAGGCCAGUGAAGCUGGCCACCCUGAUGGUUACCCACUACGGGGAGGGGUAUGCUGUGCGGCUGACCCUGCAGGUCCUGAGGGCCAUCAACCAGCACCUCCUGGCAGAGGAGCUCCACAGGGCCGUCAGCCCAGAAUAUCCGACACAAGAAAGUGGCGCGAACGGAUCAGCAACGUCUUGUACCUCUGGGGAGAAUAAGCCCGAGAGCAUGAGGAUACCAGACGGCCUGGACGGUGACAGGCGGGGGCAAAGCGGUGAUGGGGCAACCAGCCUGCCAGCCAGCCAGCUGGAGGCCGCAAGAGGGCCCCAGAAGAAGCCUCCAGGCAAACGGAGAGACCCUAGGGCCGUGGAGGGCCUGACUGCGCAGGGCAAGCCAGGGGCCAGGCCGGGGACUCUGUGCUCCCGGAGGAGCGCUGUCCCCAGCAAGCUGCAUGGGGACAGGGCGAGCGAUCCGGAGGUCAGGCUGCGCAGGAACGCCAGCUCUGCAGGAAGGCUCCAAGGACUCUCCAGUGGGUUGUUAACUGGGUCUCUGGGGAGAGGAAAGUCCAAGAUAUCUGAAGUAUAUUUACCUUCAGGAAAGAGGCGACCCAAAAGCCUUGAGUUUACCGUUUCUGCAGGAGAGAGAGACCCCCCCAAUCCAGAAACUCUUCUGCCUCAAGAAAAAACAGGAAGAGGGAAUCCAGACUCAGUAGCCACUGCCAGCAUAGAGGCCACUGUGGCUCCAGAGAAAGGCUCCAGAGAUCCAGAACAUUCCGUCAUCAGGAACACACUUUCCAAUGUAUCCUUGGCUGAAGAGAAGACCUGGGAGCAUCCAGAAUCCACACCUUUGAAGAAAAAUGGAAUUGAGAAUUCAGAGUCCUCUGAGACCUUGGGAGAGGUGGUAGGCAGUACGCUCCAUGCUUCAAAUCCAGAAGCCCCUCCAUCUUCAGAUAAGAAAGGACCACAGAAUAGAGCCCUGGCAUCCUUAGGGAGGCCACAGGACGAGGCUGCGGGUCCUCUUCUUCAUGCCCAAGACGGAGGCCCUGCUGGUGGCUCAUGUGUGCAUGAUUCCUGCAGCUGCUCCAUUCCUUCUAAGGAUCCCAAGGCCUCAGGCAGACAUUCCACCAGCUGCCCCAGGUGCCAGGCCUCUCUCCCAGGGAAGAGCUCUGGAGGCCGUGAGUGGCAAGAGGGCCUGCAGAUGGCCAGCCUGGGCCCCAAGCCCCUGCCACAGUGUGAGCGGCACAUGAAGCAGGUCCAGUUGCUCUUCUGUGAGGACCACGGGGAGCCCAUCUGCCUCAUCUGCAGGCUGAGCCAGGAGCACCGGGGCCACCGAGUGCGCCCCAUCGAGGAGGCUGCCCUGGAAUACAAGGAACAAAUUCAGAAGCAGCUAGAGCAUCUGAAGGAGUUGAGAAGAUCUGGGGAGGAGCAGAGGUCUCAGGGGGAUAAGAAGACAGCAAACUCUUCGAAACAAACUGAAACCCAGAGGCAGAGAGGCUGGGACCAGUUGGAACAGUUGUGCUGGUUGCUGGAGCAGCAAGAACAGCAUUUUGUGGCCUGGAUGGAAGAGCUGGGCCAAACCAUUGGUGAGAUCAGGGAGACGUACGGCACCCGAGUGUCCCGGAACAUCACCCAUCUCGAUGAACUGAUUGGGGAACUGGAGGCCAAGCAGUGCCAGCCAGAGUGGGAGCUUAUGCAGGACAUCGGAGUCACCUUGCACAGGGCCAAGAUGGUUACAGUCCCCGAGCCAUGGGCCACCCCUCCAGAGCUGAAGGAAAAGAUCCACCUGCUCUACCAGAAGUCAGAGUUUGUGGAGAAGAGAAUGAAGUGCUUCUUGGAAACCCUGCGUUCAGAAAUGGAGACCUUCCAUGUUUCAGAACUGACUGGCGCACAGGCACAUGCUGUGAAUGUGAUUCUGGAUGCAGAAACUGCCCACCCCAACCUCAUCUUCUCCGAUGACCUGAAGAGUGUGAGACUUGGAAACAAGUGGGAUUGUCUGCCUGACAACCCAGAAAGAUUUGAUAGCUGCAUCAUUGCCCUGGGCUCUCCAAGCUUCCUCUCUGGCCACCAUUACUGGGAAGUGGAGGUGGGAGACAAGACAGCGUGGGUCCUGGGCAUCUGCAAGGCGUCCACAAGCAAGAAAGGGAGCAUGACUCUGUCACCAGACAGGGGCUACUGGGUGGUGAUGAUGAUGAGGCAACACAAGUACCAGGUGUCCACCAUUCCCCCAACCCACCUGCAGAUAAGGAAGCCCCUCAGACGCGUGGGCAUCUUCUUGGACUACAAGGCUGGAGACAUUUCCUUUUACAACGUGACAACCAAAUCCCCCAUCUACACAUUCACUGGCUUCUCUUUCUCUGGGCCUCUUAAACCUGUCUUCAGUCCUGGGACACAUGACAAAGGGAAGAACAUGAAACCUCUGAUCAUCUGUCCCGUGGGCGGCCAGGGGCAUCACUGAAUGCCCA